UCAACAGGAAAGAGAAGCGGCAGCCAGUCGCCUUGUGUGAUGGCAGACGGUGGCUGCUGGCAAAGCCCCGGUCUUCCCUCUCCAAAGCCCAGGCCCUCCCAUUCUGCCCCACACCUGCAAGCCUGACGGCCUGCUCUGACCCAGACAUCAGUGCUGCUGGGGAGCACAGCUUAGGGCCAAGCGCUGGAGAGCAGCUGCGCCCGAAAGCCGCCCUUCGAGCAUCGCGCUCCCACUUUCCGGAGCGGGCUCCAACCCGUCCCGCUCUCCAGCGGCUCCCUGGGCGGACCUGCAGCCCAAACAUGCAGCACUUCAGCAGGAUACGUGCUUUUGCGCUGGAGCUGGACGCCGGCCGGGGUCCUGGAGUCGCGUACCGGGGAGGAGAGCUUCUUUCCGGGCGAGUGGUGGUGGAGGUGGCCAAAGGACUGAAAGUGAGAGCCCUGGCGGUGUGCGCGCGGGGUCUGGCCGCUACCCACUGGCUGGAGAGCAAGAGCAUUGGCAUGAACACGGUCUACAGCGACUACACUGCCUACGAGACCUACCUGCGAAGACGGCAGCACCUGAUUAGAGACAAUGGAGAUGUCACGGUCCUUCAGGCAGGAAGGCAUGAAUUCCCCUUCACUUUCCAGCUCCCAGGGACCUUGGCCACCUCCUUUGAAGGAAAGCAUGGCAGCGUCCGCUACUGGGUGAAGGCCAAGUUACACCGGCCUUGGUCUUCAGUCAAAAGAGCCAAGAAGGAGUUUACAGUGAUUGAACCCAUCGAUAUCAACACGCCAGCAUUACUGGCUCCUCAGGCUGGUGCCAAAGAGAAGCUGGCGCGAGCGUGGUACUGUAACCGUGGCCAGGUUUCGGUCUCAGCCAAAAUUGAUCGGAAAGGCUACACACCAGGUGAGGUCAUCCCCAUCUUUGCUGAAAUUGACAACUGCACCACCCGUACUGUGGUACCAAAGGCUGCCAUCAUCCAGACACAGACAUUCAUUGCCCGAGGCACUAAAAAACAGAAAAAAUCAGUGGUGGCAAGCAUGGUGGGAGACUCCAUUGCAGCAGGGAAGAGAGAGGUGUGGCAUGGCCGUGCUCUAAAGAUCCCACCGGUUGGGCCCUCCAUCCUGCAGUGUCGCAUCAUCCAUGUUGAAUAUGCACUGAAGGUCUGCAUUGACAUCCCAGGGACUUCCAAGCUGCUCCUGGAGUUGCCGCUAGUCAUAGGCACAAUCCCCCUGCAUCCGUUUGGCAGCCGCACUUCGAGCAUCAGCAGCCAGUACAGCGUCAGUAUGGAUUGGCUGCAGAUGGGGAUCUCUGAGCAGCCUGAGGCUCCUCCAGAGUACUCUUCUAUAGUGUCUGGUGAAGAAACCAUUGAGAACUUGUCCCCUCCUUCUCAGGAUGAGUCUCCUACCUUACUUGAAGGACCUUUCUUUGCCUACAUCCAAGAAUUUCGUUUCCGGCCGCCUCCUCUCUACUCAGAGGUGGACCCCAACCCUCCAUCUGACAACAGCAUCCGUCCACGCUGUAUGACUUGCUGAAGGAAGCACUCCUGACUUGAGAUCAAGGGAAAUCAUUUACAAGAGAGAUGACCACAAUGGAAGCACGGUGGGGGUGAAGAACAGGCGUUUGCCCCAGAAGAAAUGCAGGUGCCCACUCUUAGAUGGUGCCCUACACUGAAUGCCUUCACCGGACUCUCUCCGUAACCGACAGAGCUUGUCCAGGCUAGAUCAGCGCUGGUGAUGAAGAAAGAGAAGAGAGCUCUUCCUCAGCUCAUGAGUGGUGACUGUUUAAGAUCAACACAAAAGCAUUUGAACUCUAGACCAAUCUCUUGCUUUUCUUGGGUACAUUUAAGUAUGUCCUCCCUAGACCUACACGGUGGGUUUUUAUUCUGUAGACUGAAGCGGCAGAACCCAUUCAACCUGCCAGUCUGAGGAAACAUUUCUGCUCCAUUGCCUAAGAUUCCAUAUAUGUCUUCAAGACGGAAGUUAGCUAAAAGAAUUCCUGCCUUAUGACUCAGUGUCAUUAUUAGCACUUCUGACAUUUUUGGAUUGCCCAGUUUCAUUUCGCUUUUAAGUCUCGUUCGACAAGCAGAUACGGGAAUGGUCAAGGAUUGAGUGGGCAAGAGCCCCAGUCGAAAAGUUGUAGAUAGUUGUGUAAGAGGCAGAAGGGGAGUACAUCUUUUUUCCCCUUACAUCAGGGAGUGAUUUGUUUUUGCUUAUUGCAAUGUAAUUGUAAUUGUACUGGGUGUGAAUGGGAUUAUGGUGGUUGCAAUAGGUGAUUAAUUUGCAAUUUCAGUUACGUUGGGUCUAAAUUCUCAAGACGAACACUUUGAGAUAGAGGACAGAAUUUAGGAGAAAAAAAUUGUAAUGUUGGUUGUAUGCAUUCAACAGAAAUGCAGAAUAGAAAUAGAUUGUAUGAGAAGUUGGUGGGAGCGUGCUUUUCCCCAUUUCAAAAUGGGUCUUAAUUAGACUCCCAAGUCGGGAGGGGGGGGAGGGAGUGAAUCAUCCCUCUCAGAUGCAUUCCACAUGCUUCUAAGCAUGUAAACAUCCUGCUUCUGCCCUAUGUAGGGCUGGUGGCCUUGUUUUGUACCUCUUUUCUGUUCUACUCUGGUUUGAUACAGACAUAAACCUAUUUCUAGGUUCACAUUUUAUAAACUGGUUGCCUUUCACUUUGAAAACUAUGUGUGUUUCUCAGCAUUCCUAGUUUUGUACAAGUGCUGCAAUUAAAUUAAUCACACUUUUUAA